AGAUGACGUGUCUGUCAGAGAAGAAAGUGGGUUACGCUGGCAGGCAGUCUCCUUAUGGUAACUGUUCCGCCUUAUCAUCACAAAUGACUUGGAAUUGCCAGUAGUACGUUGGUUUUGAAUGUAGAUACUCCCGAAUAAUCAAUUAGGCUGUCCACUGCACAAAAAUGUGCAUCUUUCGGCGCAUUCACUCUAUUUUAAGCGUAUUUCUUGUGGCUGGGGUCCUGCAGUACGCGACAAGUUUCUAUCUUCCGGGUUUGGCCCCUGUUAGUUUUUGUGAAAAGAAUACUGAAAAAGAGAAUGAAGUUCCUGAUUGCAAGUCUACCAUUGAAGUGUUUGUGAAUAGGCUGGAUUCAGUGGAGUCAGUUUUGCCAUAUGAGUACACUGCAUUUGACCUCUGCUCCAAUGAUGAAGAGAAGCGUCCCUCAGAAAAUCUGGGCCAGGUUCUGUUCGGAGAAAGAAUUGAACCCUCCCCUUAUAAAUUUGAGUUUAAAAAGAAGGAGGAGUGCAAGCAUGUGUGCACCAAGGAGUAUGACACGAAUAGGGCCGGGGACAAGACCUUGUUGGAAUUCCUCAAGAAGGGCAUGCUGCUGAACUACCAGCACCACUGGAUUGUGGACAACAUGCCGGUCACGUGGUGCUAUGAUGUGGAGGAUGGUCAGAAGUUCUGCAAUCCGGGCUUCCCCAUUGGUUGCUACGUGACCGAGUCGGGUCGUCCCAAAGAUGCCUGCGUUGUCAAUUCUGAGUUUAAUGAGAGGGACACGUUCUACAUAUUCAACCAUGUGGACAUCACCAUCUACUACCAUGUGGUGGUGGAGAACGAGGCUGCUGGUUCCAGACUGGUCGCUGCCAAGAUGGAGCCCAAGAGCUAUAAGCAUAAAGAUGGCCCAGACUGCACUGGAGCUCCCAUGGACCUGAGCAACAAGUUCUCUGGAGAGCUGAAGGUCAUGUACACCUACUCUGUGCAGUUUCUGGAGGAUCAGAACAUCCGCUGGGCCUCCCGUUGGGACUACAUCCUGGAGUCAAUGCCCCACACCAACAUCCAGUGGUUCAGCAUCAUGAACUCUCUGGUCAUCGUGCUGUUCUUAUCUGGCAUGGUGGCCAUGAUCAUGUUGCGCACACUCCAUAAGGACAUCGCCCGCUACAACCAGAUCGACUCAGUGGAGGACGCCCAGGAGGAGUUUGGCUGGAAGCUGGUCCACGGUGACGUGUUCCGGCCGCCGCGCAAGGGCAUGCUGCUGUCAGUCUUCCUGGGCUCGGGCACACAGAUCUUAAUCAUGACCUUUGUCACACUUUUUUUUGCGUGCCUGGGCUUCCUCUCCCCGGCCAAUCGCGGGGCUCUGAUGACAUGUGCCGUGGUGCUGUGGGUCCUGCUUGGAACACCAGCCGGCUUCGUGGCGGCCCGCUUCUACAAGUCCUUUGGAGGAGAGAAGUGGAAGACCAACGUUCUCCUCACAGCGUUCCUGUGUCCUGGUGUGGUGUUUGCUGACUUCUUCGUGAUGAAUCUGAUCCUGUGGGGCGAGGGCUCGUCGGCGGCCAUGCCCUUCGGCACGUUGGUGGCCAUCCUGGCGCUCUGGUUCUGCAUCUCCGUGCCCCUCACCUUCCUCGGGGCUUACUUCGGCUUCAAGAAGAGCGCCAUUGAGCAUCCAGUGCGGACCAAUCAGAUCCCUCGACAGAUCCCAGAGCAGUCUUUCUACACAAAGCCAUUCCCUGGCAUCAUCAUGGGUGGAAUCCUGCCGUUCGGCUGCAUCUUCAUCCAGCUCUUCUUCAUCCUCAACAGCAUCUGGUCCCAUCAGAUGUACUACAUGUUUGGCUUCCUGUUCCUGGUCUUCAUCAUCCUGGUCAUCACCUGCUCGGAGGCCACCAUCCUGCUCUGCUACUUCCACCUGUGCGCUGAGGACUACCACUGGCAGUGGCGCUCCUUCCUGACGAGUGGCUUCACGGCCAUCUACUUCUCGGUGUACGCGGUGCACUACUUCUUCUCCAAGCUGCAGAUCAGUGGGCUGGCCAGCACCAUCCUCUACUUCGGCUACACCAUGAUCAUGGCCCUCAUCUUCUUCCUUUUUACAGGAACGAUUGGAUUCUUUGCAUGCUUCUGGUUCGUCACCAAGAUCUAUAGCGUGGUGAAGGUGGACUGAGCGUCAUGGACAUCAGAGGAGACUCUUGUUUCUUUUCCGCCCUCUUUGCCACACUGGUCACACCGGUCACUCCGUCUGGACAGAGAGAAGGAGAGCGAGAGAGAGUGAGUGAGAGAGGGAGAAAGAAGGGGAUCUUGUGCGCUAUUUAAAGACUGCCCUUCGCUUUGCAACCCUGACUUAAUUAGGCCAGCAUCAUCCCACAGACACAUGAGUUUUAAGACAUGCGUGAGUGUACGUACUGUGUGUUUGUAUGUACAGUCAUUUGUGUUAGAGAGUGUGUGUGUGUGUGUGUGUGUGUGUGUGUGUGUGUGGCUGCAUACCUCAACUUGUAGUAUGCUUAUGACACUAGUUUUGCAAAUCAUCAGUAGGUUCACAUUUUGUCAAUAUAAACACAUUCACUCACAAACAUGCAGACACACACAAACACAAGGCAAUAUACUAUAUUAAUAAGUCCUUUUGUGUUACAUGGUAGUGGGCUGAAGAAGGAGAUUGUAAACUUCAAUGGUAACAUUUGUACAUACCGCUUUCAUUUUGCUAACAUUUAAAAGUGAAAUUACAAUGCAUCUAGCAUCAACGUAGUCACUUAAGUAAACCAACACAAGAGGCGUCAGAACCUUGAUUGUAAAUAACUUUUCUUAUGCUGAGAAACUGGGAUGAGCUCGACCUUGGUACUGUUUGGUAAAAAAUAAGAAAAGAUUGGGAGGGGGUGGGGGGGGAGCUCGAUGUGUGAUUCGUUCUUCAAGGGAGCUUGAGUCGGGUUGUUGGUGUGUUUGUUUUGGUCUUUUCCAUCCUUUUCUUUCUUUGGCGUUUUUAAUUCUGUUCUGUCCUUCAUUCCCUGUGGAAAGAAAAGAAUGCUCGAGUGUUUAUUAAUCGACUGAGCCACUUGCGUUUAUUGACCUUUUUAUUUACUACCUUUUUUUUAUAUUUGUUUUCAUCUUCUCUUUGUUUCAUCGCCUCAACACUCUUCUGUGCCUCAUUCAAACGGUAGAGCAGUCUCCAUGGCAGUUUGUUUCUCAUUCUUACCCAAACCCUCUCCAGUCAGGAGGGACCAGAAGUGAAGAAGGCCUCCAUCCAUGUGUGAAGAAAACAGAAGUGUUUUUUCUGUUGUUGUUUACUGUAUGGUAUACAUACAUACAUACAUACAUACAUACAUACAUACAUACAUACAUACAUACAUACAUACAUACAUACAUGCAUAAAUUAUGAUGGCCUAUCAACUUUGUUUUUCCUCAUCUUUUUAGUUUUUCCUCAUCAUCACUGAUUUUUCAAAUAUACCAUGGGAUUGCAAAUACAACAAAACAACUUGAAAUCCGUAGAAAAAUAAAACCAAAUGUUCUGUC